AUGAGGGAACAUUUCCGUCUUCCGUCAAAUGGGGACAACGAACUGAUUAGAGUGCGAACCGAUUCCUUCGUGGUCAACUUGACGUCUGGUCCGAUCGUCGAAGCAGAAGAAGGCGGAGAAAUUCUCGACAAUCGACUAUUGUCCAUUCGAUGCGAUAUCAGUAAAAAUAGGAUUUGUUUCAACGCGUGUGUCGACGGUGAAUGGGGGAAGUAA